GGAACUUUGUAAACCGACAACCAUAGCACGAAUUAAUUGCUAUCAAUAGGACAAGACAUAAUCUGAGCUUCUCAGCUCACCCUUCCCUCGGAUAUACCCACCGAUCCAUAACCUGUUUAAACGAUUACCACGAAACUUGCGCCGUCAUCAUGUCUUCCGAACUAGAAACCUUCACCAUGCUGCCUUUGCAGAUCGACUCGCAGACCAAGGCACUUACAACAACAUCGAGCUCCCGCGCAUUACAAAACGAACUUUCAUCACUUAACACAUUACACCGCUCGCUUCUUGCCUUAGAAACCCCGAACCAAGUCCCACCGCCCCCGGUGCCUGUGAACCCCAAACGCUCGGCCAACGUCAGCAAGCUACGAGAGAGUGGUAACAACGAGUACCGAAAAGGAAAGCAUGCCGAAGCCGUUAAAUUCUAUAGCCUUGGUCUACAGAUGGCCUUGACCCGACCGCUAUGGGAGCCUCAGCAACUUGUACGAGAAGAGGUUGCUGCUCUCUAUGCCAACCGUGCUCAGGCUCACAUGGCCUUGCAGAGUUGGGCUGAAGGUGCUGCUGAUGCCGAAGCUAGCGUUGAAGCUAAGCGCGUCGGAAACUCCAAGGCCUGGUGGAGGCGUGGUAAAUGCUUGACCGAGAUGGGACGACUGAUCGAGGCCAAAGAAUGGGUCAGCAAGGGAUUAGAGAUGGAAGGUGACGAAGGCGAGCUGGUGGCAUUAUUGAAGGAUAUCAAUGCGAAACUAGAAAAGGAUAGUUCAUAAAGAACUGGUCUGAAUCAUUUCGUGAAUGGCGUUUGGGGAGUUUAUGGGUAUAUUAUUGUUUCUUAAAACCCCCUGUUUGUCCUCGACAUCAAUCCUACCACCGAAUCUCGAAUGCGAAUUUGCGCUGUUUAUAAUCAUCCCAAAGUUGCGAUUUAGACCGUGUGAAAGAACUCGAAAAAUAUCAACCUGCCUGACACACAGAUGACUGUCUACUGUUCGAAUGGUGGAAUAAAUAUUAUUCUGUAGCAUAUGUGCCCUGCUCCUCCUACGUAUCGUGUAGGUAGAUAGGCUCUUCCACAACCUACAGCAUAC